CUGACUGACGGCACUCGUUCCCUGCGCGCGGCCAACACCGUCGCAUCCAACGCCUGUUGCUUACUUUAGCAAUUUUUAUUUAAAUUUUAUUUAAAAAUAAAGUUCCAAAAACGAACACGCUGUGAGCAUGUUACUAUAUACUUUAACCGCGGUUUUCGCGGUUCUACUCGUGACUGAAGCGGUCCCCACGCCGACGAACAAUAAAGAUGGCGGUCCAAUUGGUGAACUACCAGAAAAUUGGGACCAAACGAAAGACGACACACAGUCUCUCUUCCUGAACAAGAGCGACAAAAAUGAUCUGGAACCGUACCCACUUGCUCUCAGCGAAGAAGGCAACUCGGAGGGCUAUGAGCAGGCUGUGGACCAGCGUUUUGAUUCCCCCCAGUCCACGGGGGAGUUAGAUAACCUCAUCAUGAGGCCAGAGUUGUACGGGGAGCCUCCAGCUAUGGAAGGCUUGUCUUCCGGCUAUGACUCCCGCCGCCGCAAGCGGGGCAGCGGCACCAAGGUCGGCGGGGCUGGAGCUGCUACUAAAGUAGCCACCAAAUCGGGCUCUGGGAAGAAAAAUCUUAAGCCCGAGGAUCAUGAUGCGUUGUCGCCAGUAGACUCAGCGACUCACGAGCGUGAUGCCCACCGCCGCAAGCGUGGCAGCGGCACCAAGGUUGGCGGCGCUGCUGCCUCUGCCAAGACCGCCACCAAGAACUCUGGCGGUAACAAGAAGAACUUCAGGCCAAUUUCUGAACGCCGUAAGCGAGACUCUGGUCUUAGUGCCGCUGACGUCCGCGCUCUUUUGAACUUAUGGGAAGCCCAAGAGAGAAGGAAACAGGAAUGGAAUGCUAACCAAUGGGCCGCUGACCACUACUACAACCGUGUGGCUUCCGACGAGGAUCAACCCGAAGUGGACGAGAACGGCGACGUAUGGUACAACGAACCGGUUGUGAUGGGCCCCCGCGACCGAGACUACCCGCAUCACUCGUACUUCUCAGAACAGAACCGCAUGGCUUUGGCACGAGGAUACCCCGACAUCUACCAGGUGGACCCGGCUGAACUGGCACAGCGCUACGAGGAGGCUCGUCGCAAGAGGCAGUAUGCGAAUAAGGUGAAGCGGUUCAUGGUAGCCAGGAAGCGGUCGGACGGCAUGGCGCACCAGAACACGUACCGCCCCCGCGACGACCUGUACACCCUCGCCGAGCUGCUCCGCUCCGCCCCGCGCGUGCAGGAGCAGGACAUCCCGGUGUAUCGGCGACUGAUACUUUAAACUGUCACUGAGAGUUGCGCGUCCACCCGGCCCGGCCUGCCGGCCCCCACCUCAUACAGCACACGGAAUAGUAGAUCCAGCCAGAUUCUUCCAGCGUGUCAGGUUAUGUCGCGGAGGGCAGCAGAUUUCCCGGACCGGAUGAACGCCCUUUAGGCAAAAAUUUGGGGCGGGAGAUUGUCGCGCAUUUAAUUCGCAGUUUGUAGCGGAUACCUACCAAUUUAGACAUAGGAGAGAUUAGUAUUAAAUAAGUUCUGUUUUUAAGAAAUUAAACAUGGAAUGGCCUAGCUUAAAUCCAAUAGUUUGAAUGAUAGUUCACUACUGUUCAAAUUAUUGACAAAUUGAGUUAUUUUUUUACGUUUAAGUUACAAGCUUAUGUUUCUAUAAGUUAUCCUAUCGAUUUCUAAACGUAUAUUUUAUCUAUUUCACCCUACCUCAGUUCAUUGCAUAUCUUUUCACAUCACACAUACCACUAUAAAAAUAUAAUCAAUAUUAAAAUAAUAUAUGUCUAGUUUCUCCGAAUAUUAAUAGUUUAUAGUGAAGUAUAACUUCACAUUUUAUUGAACCUAGUGUUAGUUUAAU